AUGAGGGAAUAUAAAGCGUUGCUUCGAGAGAAAGGCAUCGGCGUUAACCAGGUUGACGUCACCGUCCCCUCUCUAUGCGAGGAGCCUUCUACGGCCAGUGGCUCGGAUGUAUCUCGGACCAAUGGGCAGCUCACAACACCAGGAUUUACCGUUUCCGCAGGACAAAGAACACUUUUCGAGCCCGAGCUAUUGCAUGAGCAAGGGGGCACGAAACUUGUGCACAACAGCUUGUGGUCGCGAGUGGCACAAGAGGAGAGUCAGAUCCAGGAAACAGAACACGAACUUGAAGAUGAUUUAAUUGAUGGUUCCUGUGGAGGCCAGUCGCCACAAGACGAUUUUUCUUAUGUCCUGGGCUGCAAUGCACCGGCUAUUGUAUCUUCACACCCAUCUCCCCAGCACAUUGAUAAGUUAUGGCGAAUUUUCGUCAGAAACGUCAAUCCUCUGACGAAGAUAGUCCAUGUGCCUAGCUUGCAGUUUGCGAUAGAGAAGGCAGCUAACAAUAUCGACCACAUUCCAAAAGGCUUCGAAGCCCUCAUGUUUGCCAUCUAUAGCAUUGCUACCUUGUCUCUUACGGAAGCUGAAUGCAGUGAGAUAUUGGGCGAAAGCCGGGCAGCCUUGCGUUCCUGUUACGCGGAGGCUACGAAAAGGGCCUUGUUUCGUGCAAAGUUCAUGAGCAGCACGAGCAUUGUGGUAUUACAGGCACUGGUCCUUCACCUUCUCUCGAUCCGAGACGACCACGAACCGCGCGCGGUGUGGAGCCUCACAGGAGUUGCCCUUCGUGUUGCAGAAGGAAUGGGAUUGAGUCUCGAUGGCACACUACUUGGGUUACCACCCUUUGAAACUGAAAUCCGUCGACGCAUAUGGUGGCAGCUCAGGACGCACGACUUCCGCGCAGCAGAGCUAAGUGGCCAGGCCAAGUUUCGAGACUUUGAAGUCAACGACACCACCCCUAAGAUGCCCGCGAAUGUCGAUGACAGCGAUCUGAAUCCCACAAUGUCGCAGGCGCCUGUCGAGUCAACGAAACCGACUGAGAUGAUAUGGUGUAUGGUCAGGUCCACCAUGGCCACCUUUGCUGCCGGACAAACAGCCAAGAUGGCCAAACUCCGCAAAGUCGCGUUUACAUCGGACGAGUAUCCCGCCAUCGACGACUUGGAGCGCAAGGACGACUUCAUCAAGGGAGUAGAAGAUAUAUUGGAGACCAAGCACCUGCGGUUUUGCGAUCCAUCUCAACCCCUACAACUCAUGGCCUUAGUCGGUGGCCGGACAGCAACAAACCUUGUCCGCUUUAUGGCUCAUCAUCCGCGCCGAUGGGCCUACCAAGACAGUGUCCCAGCAUCGGAGCGGCGCUUUGUCUGGGACACUGUCGUUCGACUGCUGGAGCAGUAUAACAUGAUGCAGACCGACCCUCAUCUGCGGCGCUUUGCGUGGCACGUACCCUACUUCAUUCAAUGGCACGCUGUUAUCCAUGUCUUGGACACACUCCGAACAGAGCCCCUUCACGUAGACUCUCAAAGUGCCUGGUUCCUCAUCGACACCUUGUUUGAGAACAAUCUCGGGAUUUUGUUGAGCAUCGACAGACCCAUCGUCGCAGCGGUGGGAAAUCUCUGUCUGAAAGCCUUUGCCGCUCGAGAGGACGCUUUGAAGAGACAGAAAGGGUUUGUACCUCCUCCGCCGGAAUACAUAACAAGGCUGCGCGAUCAGCGACAGGCCGCCAAAGCAAGGAGAGAAGAAGCUGCCAUGAAAACUUGGGCGCGAGUGCCAUUGAGCCGCCCACAAUCGAGCAUGACCGAUGACAACCCAACACCACCAGACAUGGAUUCUGCGUCCAAAGACACCCCAUUCGUGUCCCAGUCGCAGCAAAACCUGCUUCCCAAUAGGCAGGUCAGUGCCUUUGAAGGACACGCCCGGGGUGACGAUGAUGCGUUCUGGCUCGGAACCGACGCUCGAGACGAGGGAAAGACAAGUUCCACAGACGGUGCUGGAGAUAUGCUCAGCCAGUAUACCGACGCCAUUUUGGCCCAGGAUUACGCGCUUGGCACUCCCAAUGACGAUGCCAUAGAUUGGGAGCGAUGGGAUACUUGGUUCGGCCAUCUCGAUCCUCUGCGUCCGAGUGCUACUCCACAGAGAGAGAGGAGGAUCAGCAUUGAGAGCUUGGUGUCCAGGUGA